AACUGAUACGGGUGCCGUAAUAAUGUCAAAUAAAAUAUAUUAUUAUGGUGGAUGGGAUUCAUCAAUCUUGUACGAUAUUUUUUAUGUCGAUAUAUCCAACCCUUUUAAUAAUGCCUCUAAUCUACCAUUUACAUUACAAACUAACCUUGAGCAGAGAGGAGGAUAUAGUGCAGUUGUUUAUAAAAGCCUGAUAGUUAUUUUUGGCGGUUACAAUCUGUCAAGAAACAUAAAUGAUCUUAUGAUUAUUGAUGAAACGUCAUCUAGUCCAUCUGUUAGAACCAUUUUAAGUGCGAAUGAUCAGAACGCUAAUUCGUGGCCAACUCCAAGAAAAUGGAUGACUGCCGUUAUUGAUUCUAAAGCGAAGAUGUAUGUUUGGGGUGGUACCCAAAGUUCAAGACCAGAUUAUCAGACAAGCGAUGGAACAAUGUAUAUACUUGAUGUUACAAACUAUUCCUGGGUUUCCAAAACUUUGCCUACUCAACCUAUUGGUCGGCAAAAAAACACGGCGACAUUAUUGCCUGAUGGACGAAUAGUUAUGAUUGGUGGUAUCUUUAAUCCUGAUAUUUCACAACUCGAUAUUUAUGAUACAAUAGCUAGUCAAUGGUCACGGCAGAAAGCAACAAUUCUCGCCCGAUGGUCUCAUACUGCCACUCUUGCAACCGAUGGCAAAAGUAUAAUAAUAUUUGGUGGUGUAUCAAAUAAUACAAAUGCGACUAAUGGUAUUGCUGUCUUGAAUAUCACAAAUUAUGUGUGGACUUCCGUUUUUCCUUCCGGUAAUCCACCAAUACAAUACCCAAAUUCACAUACAGCCGCUCUUUAUGAUGAUUAUAUAUUUUUUGCGUUUGGCAUAGUUGGUGCAAAUUUUAUUAAUACAGUAAGCAUCCUUGACAUCUCUAACAAUCAAUACAAAUGGGUUGAUUCAUUUAUGCCACGCGGACAAAAUUGCAUAAUUGAAGGUGGUGACAUAGUGGGACCAAAAAUUAGAGUAGCAAUAUACGCACAAUGUUUAACAAUGGCUUUUAAAUUAUUUGUAAAAAAGCAAUGGAUAGUUUUUAUAUCAGUUCUUUUCGGAUUAGUAACAUCUUCAGUAUUAGUCAUAACGGCUAUACUUCAACAUAUUUACAAUAAUUUACAUUAUGUCUUUCAAAUAGAAGUAACUUAUUUAUCAUCUGCAUUAUUAGGAACGAUAUAUUACGCGAUUUCUAGUUUAUUCCUUCUACCUAAAAGAAAGCCAGUUAUAGCAAUUGCAUUGCUGGCUACAUUAGUUAUCUUGAUGAUGACAUGUUAUAGCAUAUGGAUAUGGACAACGAUUAAAUGGAAUUUAAGCAAUCAA